AUGCAUAGCCUUUCCUUGAUCGGGGCUCUGGCCUUGUCUGUUUGUGUCUUUGCCGAUCCUACUGAACCCGCUUUAUCUCCUCGUCGCGCUGGUGUUGACCUGGAAAAGUUUCGAUUGACUCCCAAUGCAGAAUACGUCGAUUCCAAUCAGCAGAUCCCUAUUUCUACUACGAAUGUCGGCUUCAUUGAGCAAGGCUAUGUCGAGACGGCCAUGCAGCUGGUCAAGGAAACAUUCCCUAACGCGUCCUUCCGCCUCCGAGAGGAUCACUAUGUUGGGGACAACGGUGUGGCGCACGUUCACUUUUGCCAGACAAUCCACGACCUAAAUGUCGAUAACGCGGAUUUUAAUGUCAACGUUGGUAAAGACGGCACAGUCUUCUCCUAUGGAAACUCCUUCUACACCGGGCCAGUUCCCAGCAUCACCCAGUUGACAAAACGUGAUUUUACUGAUCCCGUGGCGGCGUUGAAAUUUGCCUUGUCACAUCUUCAACUUCCCAUCAAUGCGGUUGGCGUCUCAGCGGAAUCCACGAAGCAUCCUCAUAAAUACAUCUUCCGAGGCACGUCCGGGGCGGUCUCGGACCCGAAGGCACUUCUUGUUUAUCUCGUGAAGCCUGACGGGACUCUGUGCCUGGCGUGGAGGAUAGAGACCGACGUUGAUGAGAACUGGCUCUUGACUUAUGUGGAUGCGAAAACCGCCGAGGAUAUUCAUGGUGUCGUCGACUAUGUUUCUGAGGCCAUCUUUCAAGUCUAUGGCUGGGGAAUCAAUGAUCCCGCUGAGACAGAUAGCCGUGUUAUUGUUACUGACCCGUGGGAUUUGAAGGUAUCCCCCUGGACCUGGUUCGGCGAUGGACAGAAAAACUGGACUUCAACACGAGGGAAUAACGGCAUUGCCCAGGAGAAUUUCAAGAAUCUACCGACAUACAUUAAUAAUUUCCGACCUGAUAGUUCUACUCUAAAUUUUACUUAUGAGUACCCGGCUGAUGGAUCUCCUCAGGACUACAUUAAUGCUUCCAUUACUCAACUUUUCUACACAGCUAACACAUACCAUGAUCUCCUGUACACACUGGGCUUUACUGAAAAAGCAGGCAAUUUUCAAUGGAACAACAACGGCUUGGGAGGCAGGGAGAAGGACUAUGUGAUCCUGAAUGCGCAGGAUGGAGCGGGGACGAACAACGCCGAUUUCGCUACUCCACCAGACGGAUACCCAGCCCGCAUGCGCAUGUAUAUCUUCACGCGCACCAAGCCCCCUCGGGAUGCAGUGUUUGAGUCUGGCGUUGCCAUUCAUGAAUAUACCCAUGGGUUGUCUAUGCGACUUACCGGUGGCCCUGGCAACUCUCGAUGCUUAAGUGCUUUCGAGUCGGCUAGCAUGGGGGAAGGUUGGGGUGACUUCAUGGCGACUGCGAUCCGCCUCAAGCCCAAUAACACGCGUGCAACAGAUUAUGGAAUGGGGGCUUGGGUUUAUAAUAGUCCAAAGGGAAUUCGACAGUAUCUGUAUUCGACUUCGAUGGAAACUAACCCACUGAACUAUACGUCCUUGAAUAGAAUGUACUUGGUCCAUGCAGGUGGAACCGUCUGGGCUUCGAUGCUGUACGAAGUGCUAUGGAACUUGAUUGAUAAGCAUGGGAAGGACGACGGCCCGCGGCCAACUUUUGACGAAAGAGGGGUGCCCAAGGACGGUAAAUACCUGGCAAUGAAGAUAGUAAUCGAUGCCAUGGCGUUACAACCCUGCAAUCCCGACUUUGUUCAGGCCCGCAAUGCCAUCCUGGACGCGGAUCAGGCUCUGACGGGAGGCCAAAAUAAAUGUGAAAUCUGGACCGGAUUUGCCAAGCGUGGUCUGGGACAAGGAGCCGUAUAUGGAAGUGGUAGGCGCGUGGCCAGCUAUGAGAUCCCCAAUGAUGUGUGCCAGAAGAAGAUUUAA